CAACAAGCAAUUAUGUACUCCAAAUUCUGGCCCAAGGGCGGCCUCCCGGGAAUCCUCCACCACUUCACAGAAACCCUUGUAACCUUCGAAUAUACUACCACCACCCCCUCCCUCUCCCAACCUCACACCCUCCUCUUCGUCGGCGGCCUCGGCGAUGGCCUCGCCACAACAUCCUACAUGGCCGACCUAGCCCGUGCCCUCCACUCCACCCCCUGGUCCCUCUUCACCCUGAACCUCACAUCCUCCUACCAAUCCUGGGGCCUGGGCCAUCUGGACCGCGAUACCGACGAAAUUGCCCAAUGUAUCCGCUAUAUCAAAGACUACAAAGCGGAUAAAUACGGCUCUGCCUCUGCAGCUAGCAGCAAGAUCGUCUUGAUGGGACACUCCACCGGCAGCCAAUGCGUCAUGCAUUACCUAACGCGGCCGAACCCCCAUACCACCAAACCACCCUUUGAUAAGUACUUGGAGCAUGUGGAACGGUUGCCGCUGGACGGAGCUAUCAUGCAAGCACCUGUGUCGGAUCGCGAGGCGAUAUUGUGGGUGUUGGAGAACGGGUUUGGAGGCAGAUCUUCUGCGGAGUGUAAAGCGGUCUAUGAGAAGCUGGUGAACAUGGCAAAGGAGGCAGAGGAGAAGAGAAUCAGAGAGGGUGGAGAGUUUGAUGUGAUUCUGCCGAUUGAAUUGACUAGCUUCGCCUAUCCGGCUAACACACCGUUGUCGGCGAGGCGGUUGUUGAGUUUAGUGAGUCCAGAUGCUCCGGGUAACCCUGGGGAGGACGACAUGUUUAGUUCGGACUUGGGGCCGGAGCAGUUGCAGAAGACUUUCGGGAAGGUAAAGAGCGGCGGCUUAUUGGCAGAGAAGGCGAAGUUGAUGGUGCUAUACUCGGGUAAGGAUCAGAGUGUUCCUGACUGGGUGGAUAAGGAGGCAUUGUUGAGGAAAUGGCGGGGGAUCGCAAACGCUGGAUGUGCAGAGGGCGAAGAGAUCUGGGAUGAUGAGCACACUGCCGUCAUUCCGAACGCGUCGCAUGCCCUCAGUAACGAUGAUCAGGCAGAGCCAAGACGAUUCCUUGUGGAAAAGGUCAUGGGGCAUUUGAAGACAGUGGUUAACGAGUAAUACACCUUUUUUUCUUUCUUCGUGUACGAUGAUGUGUGUUGGGAUUUUCUGACCUUCUGAAGUGGUACGUUCGAUGAAUCUUGUGCUUUGUCGGAGAAGCAGCAGAUCCACGAGACAUGGAAUGCUGCCAAUCAGCUUGAGACUGGGUAUAGAUAUCCUACGCAGGACUCGACCGGCCUGCGGGCUCGACGGGACUGGGUGAAGUAUGGCCUGGUAGCAACAGUUCUGUUGCUUGCCUCACCUUAUGUCUAUCCGCACUACGGGGGCAACUGAGCUGGUGAUGCUUUGAGUUUGUUCUGCACAGGAAGCCUUUGUCCACAUCGGAUGUCUACGUUGAUGUAUAUAUGAUGGUAGAUAGUAAUGGAGAUAUCAAGAUACAACUUAAGCCAGG